AUGACUCAUACAAUUUGUACACAAAAAUGUUUUCAUUCAAUAUCAUUCAAGGAAUCAAAAGCAGAUGAUCUAACUAAUCAACAUUCACCUGAACAUCUUGAUCUAAUUAGAUUAACAAAACAACAUAUAGUACGUGUUUAUCCCGGUACGAAACGACAAAAUUCAAGUAAUAUAAAUCCAGCUCACUAUUGGAUUCAUGGUGUACAAAUGGCUGCACUUAAUUAUCAAGCAGAUGAUAAAGCUAUGUGCUUACAACGUGGAUUCUUCAGUGAUAAUGGUGGAUGUGGUUAUCUUCUCAAACCAUCAUGUUUAUUACCGGAAAAUCAAUCAUUUGAUCCAAAAGAAAAAAGUUACAAUAAAGGCAAACAUAUACAAAUACAUAUUAUUAGUGGACAACACUUACCUAAAGAAAAGAAUUCUAUUGCAGAUACAGAUAUCGUUGAUCCUUAUGUAGCAGUUCUUACCUAUGGUAUUGAAUGUGAUUCUACUGAGCAUUAUACACCAUCAGUUCCUAAUAAUGGUCUCAAUCCAAUAUGGGAUUAUAAAAUUGAUAUAGAUAUUUUUUGUCCAGAAUUAUGUCUUAUUCUAUUUCAAGUACGUGAUAAAGAUCGAUAUGGCCCCUCAGCAUUUCUUGGACAAGCUUGUGUACCAUUUACAGCACUUCAAUUUGGUUAUAGACAUAUUAAAUUAAAGGCUAAAGAUGGAGAUUAUAUUCAAGGAACAAUAUUUGUUCAUAUUAAAAUUGAAGAUUUUUGA